GGAUUUCUCAUUCACGCACUAAACAAUUUGCCAGCAGCUUCAGGAGCUGGUUAGGUAACUAAAGGUCUUUAGGGCGUUUCAGCCAGUGAGACCCGCCUCAUUCCAGGUAUUCGACUGUAGUCGAAACGCGGCUAUAAUGUAUCACAGAAAAGAUGAAAAACAAAUGUCUCUAAAUGAGUAAUCUUUUUUAUUUCAAAGGUGUCUUAUUCCAGUUAUGGAUCCUCUCUGGCUUCACAGCUAACUGUUUGCCAAAUGUGGCGCCAAGUGGAACGGCAUCGCAGUCAUCAACAUAUAAAGAAUAUAUUGCUUCGAGAGCAAUUGAUGGAGAUAAAAAUACAAACGCGUUUGACGGGUCCUGCUCCCAUACGCUUGAUGUAGGGAGACAUUGGUGGCGUGUCCUCCUGCCAGCUGUGUACAGGAUCACAUCUAUUAGCAUCACCAACAGAAUUCAGGUUGCAUCCAGGAUCAAUGGUGCCAAGAUCCUCAUUGGGAAUUCCCAAGAAAACGACGGCUACGACAACCCAGUCUGUGCUGUUAUUCAGUCCAUUCCAAGUGGAGCCACCAGCACCUUCGACUGUGGAGGGAUGGUAGGUCGGUUUGUCUACGUCUAUCUCAUUGGCCGGGUCCCAUUGACGAUGUGUGAGGUCGAAGUGUUCGGACAGCUUGCUGCUCCUUGGCCCUCCUACAGCGCGGUGGUGAAGGGCAGAGAUAUAGUCGUGGUGGAGAAGAAGCUAUGUUGGUCGGAUGCCCUGUUCUAUUGCAGGGAUUUCUACUGGGACCUGCUCAGCAUCCACAGUGAAGAGGAGCAGAGGGAGGUGGAGGAGGUGCUGAGAAGCAUUUCCUUCCCCCUCAACAAACAUGUUUGGUUGGGACUGCGCAGGUACUGUGUCUAAUAAGGUCCUUUUCACCAAAUCUGGACCCAUUUAUUUUCUUUUUUUGUUGUAGGGUUACAUAAGUAAGUUUACAUUCAGUACGUUUACAUGACACAAAUUAUUGCCU